AGGCCAGUCUUAUUCUAUAAGUUAAAAUUCAGCAAUGUAGACUUUUUUUUUUUUUGACUAUAUGUAGACUUAAUAAGGCGUGAGCUUUCAACUCAUCCGCCAUCAGACAAGAAAUGGUUAACAUUUGGCUUCUCUUCUUCCUCAUCUGUAUUCCUCUCGCCGCCUUCAUAUACAAGAACCGGCGGCAACAUCAACGGAGACCACCGUCUCCUCCUGGUUUACCGAUCAUAGGAAACUUACACCAGAUCGGAGAGUUACCGCAUCAGUCUCUAUGGAGGCUCUCAAAGAAGUAUGGUCCUGUGAUGCUUUUGAAGCUUGGAAAAGUCCCAACAGUCAUAGUAUCUUCCUCUGAAACAGCAAGACAAGCUCUGAAAAUCCAUGACCUCCAUUGUUGUAGUCGCCCGAGCUCGGCAGGGCCAAGAGACCUCUCUUACAACUAUCUGGACAUUGCCUUCUCUCCUUAUGAUGAUUACUGGAAAGAAGUAAGAAAGCUAGCUGUUCAAGAACUCUUCAGUACUAAACAAGUUCACUCGAUUCAACCCAUCAAGGAGGAGGAGGUCAAGAAACUGAUAGCUUCAAUCGCCGAAUCAGCAUCUCUGAAAACUCCGGUCAACUUGAACAAGACGUUUCUAGCGUUGACUGUAAGCGUGAUAUGCAGGGCAGGAUUUGGUGUGAGCUUUGAGGGAACUGUGCUCAACAGUGACAAUUUCAAUAAGUUAGUCCGUGAGGCACUCGAGAUGUUGGGAAGCUUUCCUGCCUCAGAUUUUAUUCCCUAUGUAGGAUGGAUCAUCGACUGGUUCACAGGUUUGCAAGGGCGGAGAGAGAAAAGCGUGCAAGACCUUGAUGCAUUCUAUGAACAAAUGAUUGAUCUGCAUAAACAGGAAAAGAGACAAGGGAGUGAAGAUUUCGUGGACCUUCUAUUGAAAUUGGAGAAAGAAGAAGCUGUUAUUGGAAACGACAAGCUCACAAGAAACCAUAUCAAAGCAAUCUUGAUGAAUGUUCUUCUGGCGGGAAUCGAUACAUCUGCAAUUACAAUGACAUGGGCAAUGGCAGAACUUGCGAGAAACCCUCGAGUGAUGAAGAAAGUUCAAUCUGAAAUCAGAAACCAUAUGGGGAACAGAUCAACGAUCACCUUAGAUGACACAGAUCAGUUCCAUUACCUGAAAAUGGUGAUAAAAGAAACAUGGAGGCUACAUCCUACAACACCCAUUCUACUUCCAAGAGAAGUAAUGUCUGAAUUCGAGAUCAACGGCUACACGAUUCCAGUCAAGACACGGGUUCAUGUGAAUGUCUGGGCAAUCGGGCGUGAUCCAGAGACCUGGAAAGACCCAGAAGUGUUUCUCCCGGAGAGGUUUAUUGAUAGUGACAUUGAUGCAAAAGGACAACACUUUGAGCUGUUACCGUUUGGGGGUGGCCGGAGAAUAUGUCCUGGAAUAUACAUGGGUACAACAAUGGUGGAGUUUGGUCUGGCGAAUAUGUUGUAUCAUUUUGACUGGGAUUUGCCAGAAGGCAUGGUGGUCGGAGAUAUCGACAUAGAAGAAGCUCCAGGGCUCACUGUCAACAAGAAAAACGAGCUCCUACUUGUUCCUGUGAAAUAUUGAAAUGGUUCAAUACCCAAAUAAAAAUGUUCCUCUUUUUAUCAAAGUAGCCAACUAAGUGUUCGAGGAAAUGUCCGAGAGAAACUUUCCAUUAGUGUAAUUUGCUUUUUGGUUUGUGUAAUUUCUAUUUUCUAAUGGCAGAACUCAAGAAAAACCCA